GAGCUCUCUCCUUGCCUUCACCCCGCUCUCUCCCCCGCGCCCUCGCCAUGCUGCUUCGUGGCGGAAGUAGAAGACCUCGGGGUCAGCCCACUUAAAGGGACAGGGAAGGCUGCAACCUUCAGAAAGUACUUGGGGACGAGGGGAAAGCUGCUGAAAUGGAGGUUCACUCUGUAGGAAUAAUUCCCGGGUGGAUGCCAUCUGUCAUGUUAGGGGCUAUCCGUGUUCCUCACCUGGAUUAUUUUUUCCUUAGAGAGCUGUUGUGUGAGACCCAAGUCCUGAGCUCAGAGGCAUUUUCUGGCCAGGGUUCUCUCCUCCCUCCUCCUCAGUCCCUGGAGGAGAAGUCAGCAGUGCCCCGUGGCUCUAGGAGGCAUGUUCAGGAAUGCAGCAGCCAGAUGUGUGCACCUGGUAGGGGCCCUCCGGGGAAGGAAGGCUGGAGCCGCGCUCGCCCGGUGCUUGCACCAGACUCUCGCCAUGACCAAGCGGCUGCAGGCCCAAAGGCUGAAUGGGAUCGAUCACAACCCCUGGGUGGAAUUUGUCAGACUCUCCAGUGAGUAUGACGUUGUGAACUUGGGCCAAGGCUUCCCUGACUUCGCACCCCCAGACUUCGCCAUGGAAGCCCUUCAGCGCGCUGUCAGCGGGGACUUCAUGCUCAAUCAGUACACCAAAGCAUUUGGUUACCCGCCACUGACGGAGAUCCUGGCAAGUUUCUUUGGGAAGCUGCUGGGACAGGAGAUGGACCCACACAAGAAUGUGCUGGUGACUGUGGGAGCUUAUGGGGCCCUGUUUACAGCCUUCCAGGCCCUGGUGGAUGAUGGUGACGAGGUCAUCAUCAUCGAACCUGCUUUUGACUGUUACGAGCCCAUGACGUUGAUGGCUGGGGGUCGCCCUGUAUUCGUGUCCCUGAAGCCAAGUCCCAUCCAGGACGGGGAACUAGAUUCCAGCAGCAACUGGAAGCUGGACCCCACAGAGCUGGCCAGCAAAUUCACCCCUCGCACCAAAGCCCUGGUCCUCAACACACCCAACAACCCUCUGGGAAAGGUGUUCUCCAGGGAGGAGCUGGAGCUGGUGGCUAGCAUGUGCCAGCAGCAUGAUGUGGUGUGCAUCACUGACGAGGUCUACCAGUGGCUGGUCUACGACGGGCACCAGCACAUCAGCAUCGCCAGCCUCCCUGGCAUGUGGGAUCGGACCCUGACCAUCGGUAGCGCUGGCAAGACCUUUAGCGCCACCGGCUGGAAGGUGGGCUGGGUCUUGGGUCCAGAUAAUAUCCUGAAGCACCUGCGGACUGUACACCAGAACUCUAUCUUCCACUGCCCCACACAGAGCCAGGCCGCAGUAGCCUGGAGCUUUGAGCGGGAGCAGCUGUGUUUUGGCCAGCCCAGCAGCUACUUUGUGCAGUUCCCACAGGCCAUGCAGCGAAGGCGUGACCACAUGAUCCGCAGCCUGCAGUCAGUGGGCCUGCAGCCCGUGGUCCCCCAGGGCAGCUACUUCCUCAUCACAGACAUCUCAGACUUAAAGAGGAAGAUGCCCGACUUGCCUGGCACUGCGGAUGAGCCCUAUGACAGCCGCUUCGUCAAGUGGAUGAUCAAGAACAAGGGCUUGGUGGCCAUCCCCGUGUCCAUCUUCUGCAGCAAGCCGCAUCAGAAGCACUUCGACCACUAUAUCCGCUUCUGUUUUGUGAAGGAUGAAUCCACGCUCCGCGCCAUGGACGAGAAGCUGCAGGAGUGGAAGGCCGAGCUCAACCCCUGAAGCCUCCUCUUCAGCCCUGAUCCACCCAGUCCCCACACAUUCUUGUGGGGUCUUUCCAGGUCGGGGGAAGAUGGCACUGGGAGACCCCUUCUCUGUGACGUAGAGUGUUCCCAGGGAAGAGCCCCCUCCUUGUUCUUGGGGAGUCAGGUGUUACCUCUCCACAUUGUCCAUACUCCUGUCCCCAAGUAGAGGGAGGCCUGACCUGGCCUCUUCCUGCCCCUCUCUGGGUCAAGUCACAGGGCUUUGGGUUGCUUCUGGUCUCCCCAGUGUGGCUGGGACUGACAGGGCAGAGUCCUACAGUGUAUUGGACUCAUGUCCCCAACCCUGCACUGCCCCAGCUAAGGCUCAGGUAUAACCCCUACCUUUCCUGUCUAAUCUUGACCUUGGGAAGUUGCCUUUAAUCUUGAGUCCUCAAGCCAGCCCUUUCUGCCCAUAAUAAAGUUUUAAGUUAUUCAAACACUUAA